AUGGCAUCCGCUCCUAGAGACUCCAGGAGAAGAAAGAUCGUUGAUAGAGGAGCUGACCGACUAGCUCUCAUCACCGGUCAGAUCCAUGCACUCCCAUCAGAACCCACUGAUGACCCAUCUAAACUGUUGAAUUCUCAGGCCCCACUUCCUCAUCUGUCCGAUCAAAUCACCGAUGGAGUUUCUGAUUCCACGUUGCCAAAUCAUGAGUGCGCCACCAUUGCUGCUGGAAAUGGCGGAAGCACUGUUGAACCAUCCUCGCGCAGAUAUGAGUCAGGUCCGGAAGCGUCAAUAGCUCCUUCUGCAGAAACAAGCAGCAAAGUAGAGUCAUCUUUGGCCACACCAACGGUUCAGAAAUCAACUAGGUCCACUUCAGGAACAGUGCAAAGCUUAAGAAGUUUUGCGACUCCAAAUGAAAUAAUCUCUGCCAUUGCAGCAUCAGAGAAAUCCCGUCUUCGCUGUUCUGUAGUUGUAGCCCUUUUGGUUGUCUUAUCGCAUUUAGGAUUUCCUCUGCUGGGAAGCAACUUUAUAAGGAGUAUCAUUAGUUUUAGGCCUCUUUAUUUACUUUUGCUAACCAAUGUAACGCUGGUGCUUGCACCUCUUCUCUUGAAUAAGCAAAGAGGUUUUAAAAGGGCUGUAGAAGCAGAAAACGAGAUCCCUUCAUCGGGUGGGUCUGCUUGGACUGAACAAGCUGGUAAUGCUUUGGAGGUUGCUUUCGUGAUUCAGAAGGCAUCUGAUGCACAGCCAGCUUUUAGUGAUAAGACCAUUCACCAAAAUGUAGAAUCUCCUCGAGCUGUGUUCUCACUCUGCAAGAUGAUAGAAACUUCACAAAUCCCAACAGUUCUUGGGAUGAGAUCAUAA